ACUUUUGGCGUUUGAACUUGAUCAUGCACUCUCAUAUCAAGUUUUCUGUUAACUGCAACCUUAAUUAAGAAUGAAAGAAAGACAAUAAAAUAUUCUUGUUAUUUUCUUCUUGGUUUUUGCAUAAUUUCCCUCCUCUUUGUGAUUGAUUUUUAUGAUCAUUACUCUAUUUUUUAUGCAUAAUUAAAUAAAAUUAGAAAAAAGAAAGAAAAAUGAGAGAAAUAAUAAGCAUUCAUAUUGGACAAGCUGGAAUUCAGGUUGGUAAUUCAUGUUGGGAGCUAUAUUGUCUUGAACAUGGCAUUCAAGCUGAUGGAACCAUGCCCAGUGAUGAACCAAAACAUGAUGAAGCAUUUAACACAUUCUUUAGUGAAAUUGGAAGUGGCCAAUAUGUUCCAAGAGCUCUAUUUGUUGAUCUAGAGCCAACUGUAAUUGAUGAAAUUAGAACUGGUUCUUAUAGACAACUCUUUCAUCCAGAACAGUUAAUUUCUGGCAAAGAAGAUGCUGCUAAUAAUUUUGCAAGAGGACAUUAUACAGUUGGAAAACAAGUUGAAGACCUAUCCCUCGAUCGCAUAAGAAAAUUAGCUGAAAAUUGCACCGGCUUGCAAGGAUUCUUGGUUUUCAAUGCUGUUGGUGGUGGAACUGGUUCUGGUUUAGGAUCAUUACUUCUAGAGAGAUUGUCUGCAGAUUAUGGAAAAAAGUCAAAACUUGGCUUCAUCAUUUAUCCUUCUCCUCAGGUUUCUACUGCAGUUGUUGAACCUUACAACACAGUUCUUUCAAACCAUUCUCACAUUGAGCAUAGUGAUGUAGUUGUUCUUUUAGACAACGAAGCAAUCUAUGACAUUUGUAGAAGAUCAUUAGACAUAGAAAGACCAUCAUACACUAACUUAAAUCGCUUAAUAUCGCAAAGUAUCUCGUCUUUAACAACUUCAUUGAGAUUCGACGGUGCAAUCAACGUUGACAUUACUGAAUUCCAAACUAACCUUGUACCGUAUCCUCGAAUUCAUUUCAUGCUUUCGUCUUAUGCUCCCGUGAUAUCUUCUGCAAAGGCCUAUCAUGAACAAUUAUCGGUGCCUGAGAUUACUAGAGCUGUUUUUGAGCCGUCAAGUAUGAUGGUUAAGUGUGAUCCAAGACAUGGGAAGUACAUGGCAUGUUGCUUGAUGUAUCGUGGCGAUAUUGCUCCGAAAGAUGUUAAUCUUUCUGUCUCAAAUAUCAAGACAAAGAGAACAGUUCAAUUUGUUGACUGGUGUCCAACUGGAUUCAAAUGUGGCAUAAACUACCAACCACCAACAGUUGUACCAGGAGGUGAUCUAGCAGAGGUGAAACGUGCAGUUUGUAUGAUAAGUAACAAUACAGCUGUAUCUGAGAUAUUCUCAAGGAUUGAUCAUAAAUUUGAUCUUAUGUAUGCAAAAAGAGCAUUUGUGCAUUGGUAUGUUAGUGAAGGAAUGGAAGAAGGUGAAUUCUCAGAAGCUAGGGAAAAUCUUGCUGCUCUUGAAAAAGAUUAUGCUGAAGUUGGUGAAGAUGGUAUAGAAGAAGCUGGAGUAGAAGAUUAUUGAAUAUAGUUUAAUGUAUCUAUACUUCUAUGUUGUAUGUAGGACCGUUCAUGGUUCAGUUCAAUCAAAGAACUGAGCCGAACCGAACUGAAUCAUAACAAUGGUUCUUAAUAAACAAACCGAACCAUAUAACUUGUAUGUAUGAUGUUCUUGUUCUUGUCAUUGUUUUAAAUUGAAGUGUGUAUGAAUUGUGUUUAUAAUUCAUGUACAAUAUUGAUAGUGUUGAAAUCGUUGUAAUUCGUCCGUCCCUAUUUAUAAGACACUUUGGUGUAUGAUAUAUGAUGCUUAGACUUCAUGCAUUCAUCGCCAUGUUUCAACGAGAAAAAACAACAAUAAAAA